CAAAAGCGCAAAUUGAAAUUGCAAAACCUGAUCUAUUAGCUCUUCCGCCUCUUCCUCAUCGUCUCUCAAGUGUCACUGCCUCACCGCCUUCCUCCGCAUCCACCGCCUCCACCUUCCUUCCUCGUACUCUUUAGUCUUUAUACUCGUACUCUUUAUCUGAUCUAAGGGUGGCAGAAUACACAUCUAUAUUAUGAUUGGUUCUUGAAUGGUAUCACUACUUCCAGGAUGGGAGCCAUGUGAAGCCACCAAGCAAAGCUCUGCCAUUCCUCAGAAACGCCCACAGUAUUCGUUUGCCGGCUUCACAGAAGCAAGAAAAGACCCUGGAGAGUACUGGCAGAGUGUCGUUGCUAGAAAUGAUCAGGCUUUGUUCGAAGCAAUUGAGCAGCUUGCCCAUGUUGCUUCGGCCCUCUCCAACAAGAAGAAAAUCGCUAGUGAUUGUGACACAAUGAAGAAACAUUCUGUAGCAGCAACAAACAAGAAGUCCUUUGUUAAAGACUUUGAACCAAGGCCCAACGUAUCUGCCUACGGAGAUGAUGCUAAACUGAAGGAGGAAAAAUCUUUCAUGAGAGACUUUGAGCCAAGGCCUAAUGUUUCUGCCUAUGGGGAUAACACUGACAAAUCUUUCGUGAAGGAUUUUGAGCCAAGGCCUAACGUUUCUGCGUAUGGGGAUAAUACUGACAAAGCUUUCGCGAAAGACUUUGAGCCAAGGCCUAAUGUUUCUGUCUACGACAACUAAGUCAGAAGAACCAACUCCUUUGAAGAAGCGGCUAUGAUGUGCUAAUACAACUGUGACUGGUGUUGAUAUUGAAUAAAUGUUGUCGGUUUUGUUGGCAAAAUAAAUAGCCGAGAA